AUGUGCGACGAUGAUUCAGCCAGUCGCCGCCAACCAGAUCUGUUUUCUGCGUCACGAAACAGCGUCAUAGUGUCCAUCCUGGUCCAUUCUUUCAUGUUGCGCAUCCGGCUUUUGAACUGCCUUCACCUACGUCUACUCCUUACAAGUUCCUCUUUCCUAUAUACUUAUCUGUCCAUUGAGCCGUGCUUUGCCUUAAUCGCCGGUCCACUUGAGCCACAUUCGGUGCUUAUUGUUUUCACUCCUUUCAAAUUGGAGCUCCUCGUCUUAAUUCACGCUACCUUUCAUACAAAUAGCACUUCUUUCUUUCCUUUUUCCCCCUCUCUCUUUAUAUGGUUCGCUUCUUAUUUAAUUAAAUUAUUAUUUUCUAUUUUUCUUAUACAGCCCUCUAGAACUGACUCCUGGGAACAUCCUUCGUUAACUCAUCCUUAUUUAACUUUUAUCGUUAUUUCUAUAUUAUAUUCAUUCUAUUUUUGUCGUUUCUUUCUUUAA